AUGGCAAGCGCCAAUCCUUCUCCUUUCGACAAGGCACAGCCUCAGUUCAUCCAGUUUACUAUUCACCACCUAUCAGGACUGGAAAAAGCACAUCAUCGGAAUCAAAAUGAGCGCGAAAAUGCAUGCCUUACUACCAGGGGAAACAGAGCGACGACGAUUUCCAGCGGCACAACGCCAAUCGCCAUCACCGCGAAGAAAGCGGUCAAGACCGAUGUGGGCAACAGGCUCUUCAUCCACCUUACAAUCCAACUCCUACCAGGACCGAAAAAAACCAUCAUCGGGAUCGAAACGAGCGGGGAAAUGAAAGCUAGAAGCCCGGCUUACUACCAAGGGGAACAGAGCGACGACGACAAUUCCAGCGGCACAACGCCAAUCGCCAUCAUCGCGAAGGAAGCGGACAAGACCAAUUUGGGCAACAGGUUGUUCGAGACGACGCUGGCGUGGUGCUGUACGCUAUCCGAAGUCAGAAAACGCAGCAUGACGAGUGCUAUUAUCUCCUGCGGUGCGUUGGGCCCUACGGACCCCGAGAUGGACAGUGGGUGA